AUGGCAUGGUCGAAUCUCCCGGUAGAUCUCCUCUAUUAUAUCUCAUCGAAAUUGCAUGUCGUCGACUUCCUCCGCUUCUCCGUCGUCUGCACCUCAUGGAAUUCAACUUUUGCCAACAAUGCACACAAACACAUUCAUUUCCAUCCCUCGCCAUGGCUGCUCCUUCCUAGCAAAAAAGGAGAGGCCUCCGACACUCUUGCCUUCUGGGAUCUUACCAUCAAAGAAGAAGACAUUGCCUGCCAUCACCACUUCUCCUCCCUUAAUGGACAUAUCUUCGGUCGUCGAUGUAUCAGCUCCAAAGAUGGAUGGCUUGUGACACUUGAUAAGAAAGAUCUACGGCCUCGUAUCUUCAACCCUCUCACAAAAGCUGAAAUAUCCUUCCCAUCGCUCUUCACCAUCCCUGAUGAUAAAUAUCAUACGAUCAAGCCCGAAUAUGCUUCAGACGGCUCUAUCGAGUUAUCUUAUAAAGAAAUUUGUCGAGGCCUUUGCACAUACACAAAAUAUUUCUGCAAUGUAUAUUUUCAAAAGAUUGUCAUCUCCUCUAAUGAUCCACAUGGAACUGCAAUUGUAAUCUAUGGUUAUGAUAAAUUGUUGGCUUUAGCAAGGCCUGGUGAUCGAGCUUGGGUUCUUGGCCCACAGCUGCUUCCUUACAACACCAAUGAUCAUGAUGAAUUUGAAGAUGUGUGCUAUCACGAAGAAGAACAAAGGUUCUACGCCAUAACACGUUUCUCGAGGGUGCUAGCCUUCGACCAUAAUGGACAAAAUGUUGAAAUGAUAUGCCAACCAAUACAGGAUGAACGCCCCAUACAAGAAUAUUGCAUGAACUAUAUUUUCUUUUUAAUGGGAACUCUUCUAAAAAUAGAGAGAGAGAUCAAUAUUUUUACUCGGCCUGUUGAUGAAAGGUACGCUGGGAAGACAAUUAGAAUCUCAGUUUUGAAGUUAGUCCAGGAUGUUGUUGCAACUUCUUCUUCAUUCUCUCAAUGGACCACCAUCAAAGACUUGGGGGGGUUUUCCUUAUUUGUGGGUUGUAACCAGACAUUCUCAUUGCAUCAUACGACUGUUCCUGAAAUUAAACCAAACUGUAUAUACUUCUGUGAUCAUUUGGAUGAAUCGUCACAAGAUGAUGUUUAUCAUGAUGCUGGGUUUUUUGAUCUUCAGAAUGAUUGCUUUCACUAUUUUUUUGACUAUGAUUCACAACCUAACUGGCCUCCUUCAAUCUGGUUUAUGCCAUCAAUUUCAUAA